AGGCUGUUUCAGACAGCUAGCUGUGGCCUCUCCUGGUCAACACCAUGAUCAAGGCCCCCAGUGACCAUCUGCUGGACUCCCUGGAGGAGCUGGUGCCCGGUGACUUUGAGAAGUUCAAGUUUAAGCUGCAGAACACCAGCCUGGAGAAGGAUCACUCCCGGAUCCCCCGGAGCCAGCUCCAGAAUGCCAAGCCAGUGAAGCUGGCCACUCUGAUGAUCACCCACUAUGGGGAAGAGUAUGCUGUGAGGCUGACCCUGCAAGUCCUGAGGGCCAUCAACCAGAACUUCCUGGCAGAGGAGCUUGACAGGGCCAUCAGACCAGAGUAUCUGAUACAAGAAAGUGGCCCAAACAGUUCAGCAACGUCUUGUUCCUCUGGGGAGAAUAAGCCCAAGGGCCUGAGGAUACCAGAUGGCCUGGAAGGUGAUAGGCAGCGGCAAAGUGGUGAUGGGGCCCUCAGCCUGCCACCCAGCCAGCAUGAGGCUGGAAGGGGGCCCCAGAAGAAGCCUCAGGGCAAACGGAGAGAUCAGAAGGGCUCUGAGGGCCUGGAUGUGCUGGGCAAGCCAUGGGCCAGAAGCAUGACUCUGUCCCCCAGGAGAAGCCUACUCCCUGGUAAGCCACAGGGGGAGAAGUGGAGUCCUAGUGUCAGGCUACGCAGGAAUGCCAGCUCUUUAGGAACGCUCCAAGGACUUGACUGUGGGUCGCCUACUGGGUCCCUAGGAAGAGUAAAAUCCAGGAUCUCUGAAGAACACUUACCUUCAGGGCAGAAGCGACCCAGAAGUCUUGAAUUUACCUUUUUUUUGGGAGAGAGGGAACCUCCCAAUCCAGAAACUCUUCUGCCUCAAGAGAAAAUAAGAAGUGAUCAUCCAGACUCAGCAGCCACCGCCAGUGAAGUGGCCACUCUGGAUGUAGGCGCUACUGUGGCUCCAGAGAAAGGCUCCAAGAAUCCAGAACACAGCCUGGUUGGGAAGCCACAGGAUGAGGCUGUGUAUCCCCUUUGUCGUGCCCAGGAAGGAGAUGAUUCCUGCAGAUACUCCGUUGCUUCUAGGUAUCCUAAGACCUCAGGCAAAUGCUCACCCAGCAGCUUCCUAAGCCUGGCCUCACUCACAGUAAAUAACUCUGAAGACUACAAGCAGCAAGAAGGACUGCAGAUAGCCAGCUUGAGUCCCAAGUCCUUGCCACAGUGUGAGCGACACAUGAAGCAGGUCCAGCUGCUCUUCUGUGAGGACCACAAGGAGCCUAUCUGCCUCAUCUGCAGGCUGAGUCAGGAACAUCAAGGCCACUGGGUGCGCCCCAUCGAAGAGGCUGCCCUGGAAUACAAGGAGCAAAUUCAAAAGCAGCUGGAGCAUCUGAAGGAGUUGAGAAAAUCUGGGGAGGAGCAGAGAUCUCAGGGGGAUAAGAAGACUGCAAAAUUCCUGAAACAAACUGAAACCCAGAAGCAGAGACAUCGGCACCAGUUGGAGCAGCUGUACCAUCUUCUGGAGCAGCAAGAGAAGCUCUUUGUGGCCUCAAUAGAGGAUCUGAACCAGACCAUUGGCCAGGUCAGGGAGAAAUAUAGCACCCAAGUAUCCAGAGACAUUGCCCUUCUUGACGAGCUGAUUGGGGAGCUGGAGGCCAAGCAGUACCAGCCGGAAUGGGAGCUCAUGCAGGACAUCGGAGUCACCCUGUACAGGGUCAAGAUGGCGACUGUUCCUAAGCCAUGGAACACUCCUCCAGAGGUGGAAAAAAAGAUCCACUUGAUCUACCAGAAAUCAGAGUUUGUGGAGAAGAGCAUUAAGUCCUUCUCAGAAACCCUGCGUUCAGAAAUGGACACCUUUAAUUUUCCAGAACUGAUUUGCGCUCAGGCACAUGCUGUUAAUGUGAUUCUGGAUGCAGAAACUGCCCACCCCAACCUCAUCUUCUCUAAUAACCUGAAGAGCGUGAGACUUGGAAACAAGUGUAAUCGUCUACCUGAUAAUCCAGAAAGAUUUGAUAGUUGCAUCAUCGCCCUAGGCCUUCCAAGCUUCCUCUCUGGCCGCCAUUACUGGGAAGUGGAGGUGGGAAACAAGACAGGGUGGAUCCUGGGCAUCUGCAAGGCAUCCGCGAGCAGGAAGGGGAGCAUGACUCUGUCACCCGACAACGGCUAUUGGGUGGUGAUGAUGAUGAAGCGGAAUGAGUACCAGGUGUCCACCAUUCCCCCAACACGCUUGCAGAUAAGGGAACCCCCCAGACGUGUGGGCAUCUUCCUGGACUACAAGGCUGGAGAAAUUUCCUUUUACAAUGUAACAUACAAAUCCCUCAUCUACACAUUCACCAGUUUCUCUUCUUCUGGGCCCCUUCAGCCUAUGUUCAGCCCCGGAACACAUGAUGGAGGGAAGAACACGGAUCCUCUAACCAUCUGUCCAGUGGGUGACCAGAGGCCUCACUGAAUGCCCAACACUUUGCAUCUCUCUUCUGGCUCCCAGCCUUGU